AUGGCUGCUGCAUCUGCAAGCAUUUCUCGUCUUGGUUUUCAACACCACCAACCUCUGGUACCCAAUUCGGGUUCGAACUCUCAAACCUCCGGAUCAGUCUCCUUCCUUUCCGGCUCUCACAAUUUCUCCUUCAAAUCAUUAGAGGCUACUAGGGAAUCACAGUUGUAUAGAAUAAGUGUAGUGGUGAAGGCAGAAAGUAGGUCUGAUGAGAUGCAAGUGGAUAUUUCUUUGAGUCCAAGGGUGAAUGCUGUAAAACCUUCAAAGACCGUGGCCAUAACUGACCAGGCCACUGCGCUUGCACAAGCUGGGGUGCCUGUUAUUCGGUUGGCUGCUGGAGAGCCUGAUUUUGAUACACCAGCUGUAAUAGCCGAGGCUGGUAUAAAUGCUAUUCGUGAAGGUUACACAAGGUACACUCCAAAUGCUGGUACACAGGAACUUCGAGCUGCCAUUUGUCAGAAGCUGAAGGAGGAGAAUGGUAUUUCUUACACACCUGACCAAAUUUUAGUUAGCAAUGGUGCUAAGCAGAGUAUAUAUCAAGCAUUACUAGCUGUUUGCUCCCCUGGCGAUGAGGUCAUAAUUCCAGCACCAUUCUGGGUGAGUUACCCAGAAAUGGCGAGGCUGGCUGAUGCAACACCAGUGAUUCUUCCCACAUCAAUCUCCGAUAAUUUUCUCUUGGAUCCAAAGCUACUUGAAUCCAAACUCAGUGAAAAGUCAAGGCUGCUCAUUCUUUGCUCUCCAUCUAAUCCAACAGGAUCAGUUUAUCCCAAGAAAUUGCUUGAAGAGAUUGCACAGAUUGUAGCAAAACAUCCUAGGCUUCUGGUCUUGUCUGAUGAGAUAUAUGAACACAUAAUAUAUGCACCUGCUACUCACGCUAGCUUUGCAUCUUUGCCUGCCAUGUGGGAAAGGACUUUGACAGUGAAUGGAUUUUCUAAGGCCUUUGCAAUGACUGGUUGGAGACUUGGGUAUGUUGCUGGCCCCAAGCACUUUGUUGCAGCAUGUAAUAAAAUACAGAGCCAGUUUACUUCAGGUGCAAGCAGUAUAUCUCAAAAGGCAGCAGUAGCUGCAUUAGGAAUGGGCUAUGCUGGCGGGGAAGCUGUGUCUACUAUGGUGAAAGCAUUCAGGGAGAGAAGAGAUUUCUUGAUUAAAAGCUUUGGUGAAAUGGAAGGUGUUAGGUUGUCAGAACCUCAGGGAGCAUUUUAUCUUUUUGUUGAUUUUAGCUCGUACUAUGGAGCAGAGGUUGAAGGGUUUGGUCAAAUUGAGGACUCUGACUCCCUUUGCCGUUACCUGCUGGAUCAGGCUCAGGUUGCACUAGUCCCAGGGGUUGCAUUUGGAGAUGACAGCUGCAUACGUAUCUCCUAUGCAGCAUCUCUGACCACCCUACAGGCAGCUGUAGUGAGAAUUAAGAAAUCACUUCUCCCGCUCAAUUCUGCUGUCCCUGUUUAA